ACACCCGGCGCUGCCUCAUCGGGGACGCCGGCACCCGAUGAUGGCCCGCAAACAAGUGCCGGCGGCACUUACUCGCUCGAAGAUGUCGUUGUGGGAUCCAAGGUCUUUGUGCAGAAACCGGAUGUCGCGACAGGAGAAGUAGAAGAACGCAAGGCCGAGAUCUUGUCGAUCAGAGAGCGGCCGAAACCCCGAGUACCUCGCCACCUCCAGCAAGAGCAGAAGGACAAGGAGGAAGCAGCAGCAGCAGCGGGCACGGGGCCCAAGCCAGAGGAGCGGCUAGAGUACUAUGUCCACUACUCUGAGUUCAACAAGCGAUUGGACGAGUGGGUCAGUGGGAGCCGGCUGAUUACGAGCCGCGAGAUCGAGUGGCCAAAGGCCUCAGGCGCGACACCUUCCGGCCAUGGUCACGGUUCAGCAUCCGGAGCAGGGAGGAAAAAGGUCAACCGGACAGCGAGCGGGACAGUAACGCCAGUCACGCCUGGAACGCCAGCAGGUGCCCAGAAGCAAGCAACAAAUUUGUUAAAGAAGGCGGCGCUGCAGGCACAGGCCAGCGUAGGCGAUGGACUUGGAACCGAUGGCGCUCCCAGCACUCCGACUUCAUCGCAGACGGGACAGAAGAAGCGCAAGGCCGAUGACGGGGAAGAAGAUGCUGACGGGGAGGAUGACGGUGCAGUGGUGGCCAUGGAAAUGGUGGAUGAGGACCAGGACAUGACAGACGACGUGGCGACGCCCGAGAACGGGGGCUUGACUGCAUCACUCCACCCCAACCGUAGACCCGAGGUGUUCAGCAAGGAGCAGGAGAUUGAGAAGUUGAGAACAUCGGGAUCCAUGACGCAAUCGGUUCACGAAGUGGCACGGGUGAAGAACCUGGACAAGAUCCAAAUGGGCAAGCACGAGGUCGAGACUUGGUAUUUUAGCCCGUACCCCGUCGAGUACGCUCACCUCGAAUGCCUCUACAUCUGCGAGAUGUGCCUGUCGUACUUUCCCUCGGAAUUCGUCUUCAAGCGGCAUCGAAAGAAGUGCACCCUGAAACAUCCACCGGGCAACGAGAUCUACCGACACGAGGAUAUCAGCUUCUACGAAAUCGACGGUCGACGUCAGAUGGUCUGGUGUCGGAAUCUUUGCUUGUUGUCCAAGUGCUUCCUCGACCAUAAAACGCUCUAUUAUGACGUUGACCCCUUCCUAUACUACGUCAUGGUGCAAAGGGACGAUGCCGGAGCGCACAUCAUUGGCUAUUUCUCGAAGGAAAAGGAGUCAGCGGAAAACUACAACGUCGCAUGUAUCCUGACACUACCGCAACACCAGCGCUCAGGCUUUGGCCGGCUCCUGAUUGAAUUCUCCUAUGAGCUCAGCAAACGAGAGCACAAGCUAGGCAGCCCAGAAAAGCCACUCUCGGACCUCGGUCUGCUAGGCUACCGUGCCUACUGGGCUGAAACCAUCGUUGAGCUGCUGCUGCGGACCGACGAUGAGAUUUCUAUCGAAGACAUCGCCAAUCGAACCGCAAUCGUUCACGCCGAUGUUUUACACACCUGCACGGCCCUCAACAUGCUCAAGCAGUACCAGGGCAAGCACUACCUGGUUCUCAACGACCAGGUGCUGGCCAAGCACGAGAAGCAAAUGAAGAAGAAGCGCAUACGAAUCGUCCCCGACCGGCUCAACUGGACCCCGCCCAAGUUCAGUCGCGACCAGCUGCGU